AUGCAUGACUCUAUAAGUGCCGUCAUGGGCAGAAGAGGCACCGGGACCACCUCAGUGUGCGCGCGCUCACACAGUCGAGGACGCGACCUCUGGGGUCCAGUAGAGCAUGGAUGGCGGUGUUUGAUCCUACCUGGAUGCACUUUUUUUGAACACUAUGAAGGCAAACGGUACAGUCUGUGAGGGUCUCUGUGAGAGUCAUGGAUCACUUUUUCAGAAGAAAGCGAGUCGGUUUGCUGAAACCCCUGCUGAGUCUGUCUCUCGUCUUUGCCUCUUUCCUCAUGAUCCACAAGCUGAAGCUGGCAGAGAAGGACGGGGUGGGAGUCAAACAUGUUCGGGAUGCGGGCUGGUGCGGCUCCGACUGUUUCUCAUUCAAGAAGGGAACCGCGAAGAAUAAUCCAAAGAGCUCAGACUCUCCGGUGCUUAACAACGAUUUAGAUGCGCAACGGGUCUCCAACAGGACUCCGGCUUCCUGGGACGCACAGGUUCUGAACUGCAGCGAGGACGCGUCUGUCAGGACCAAGGACUGGUUCAAGCGCUUGGACCCCAGAUUUCACCAGUUUGUUCUGCACAGACACUGCAGGUACUUCCCCAUGCGCAUUAACCAUCCAGAGAAAUGCGCGGCUGGAGAGGCGCACCUCCUCAUGGUGGUCAAGUCCGUUAUCGAGCAGCACGACCGGCGCGAGGCUGUGCGUAAAACCUGGGGCCAAGAGCGCACGGUGGAUGGGAAGAAAAUCAAAACUCUAUUUCUAUUAGGGAGCCCUACAACUGGCAAAGACACCAAGAACCUCCAAAAACUGAUUGAGUAUGAGGACCGGAUCUAUGGGGACAUCCUUCAGUGGGACUUCAUGGACACCUUCUUUAACCUGACCCUGAAAGAGGUCAACUUCCUCAAGUGGUUCGACAUUUACUGCUCUGGUGUUCAAUUCAUAUUCAAAGGAGACGAUGAUGUGUUUGUGAACACGCACAACCUGCUGGAGCUCAUCGGCUUCAAGGUGGAGGAUCAGAAAGAGGCAGACGUGUUUGUGGGAGACACCAUCUCAAAGGCAAUCCCCAUUCGUAACCGACAGAGCAAAUACUACAUCCCCAAAGAGCUCUUCGAUAAGCCGUAUCCUCCUUAUGUGGGCGGUGGGGGGUUUCUCAUGUCCUCCCAGCUGGCCAGGAGACUCUUUGUGGUCUCGGAGGACUUGGAGUUGUACCCUAUUGACGAUGUGUUUUUGGGGAUGUGCCUGCAGAAGCUUCACUUGUCCCCAGAGAUGCAUCCAGGUUUCAGGACAUUCGGCAUCACUAGAAGGAGGGUGAGCCCCAUGAACAACGAGCCGUGCUUUUAUAAAAACCUCAUCGUGGUGCAUAAACUGAGCGCGCAGGAGCUGCUCCGGAUGUGGAGCGUGGUGCACAAUGAGGCCCUGGUCUGCGCCAAAAGGACCUCUUUAUUAUGAUCGUCAGUGUAAACUGACUCAAUCAGACUUACCUGAGCUGAGCUGAGCUGGGACUUACAGAAGACUUUUAUUUGAACUGAUGAUCCUUACAUUUCAUGAAUGAUUCUGCUGGGUCAUAUAGUGGAGAAAGUGUGGCUAUGUCACCUCAUAACUGUGAUUAAUAUAAAGUUUAUUUUCAUUCAUUCAAUAUUUAAUUCAGUAUACAUUUGAUUCUCAAUGCUAUGUUUAUACUGUGUAGCUCCCUCUAAUGCAGGAAAGCAAUUUCUGUGUCAAAUGAAAGAAUGAUUCCACACGGCCUGCCUUACCUUUCAUUUAGUGGGUCAGUUCCACAUCACUAUAUGUGGUGCAACCAUCCAAGGAGAGUGUCUGUUUCUGAUUCUUGGUGCCAUUUGAAAUGAGAGUUGAAUCACUCUGCUGUGUUAACCUGAGCUCCGGUGGAGAUGGACAUGUUUGUGAGGGUAGGAAUAUUUAUGCAGGCAUAAAAAGGCGGGACUUUCCACAUUCAUGUGUUCAUUUGAAAUAGUUAAUGUUAUGAUGACAGGGUUACAGUUUUCACCAUCCAAGGAGACUUUGAGGUCAAAAACAUCAGUCUUCACAUUUUUGAAAAUCGAACUACUUGAUUUAUUUUGAGUCAAUCUCUUGCUCAUUCGCUCUCUUUUAAUUCAUUUGAAUUUUGUGGAUAUGAAUACAGGUGCAGGCCUAAAAGGGGGAAUCUAAGGGCAGUAAUAAUGAAGAUGUUAUUAUGGUACUCUAUAAUCAAACAUGGAGCACUCUCUAAACUUUCUAAAGAACGGGAGAGG